UUCAGCGCUAGAUUCAAACAGCAGAGUGAGAAGGCAGCUGAACCAAGAAAAGGAAAAGUAAAGGAAAGAAGGAACUGAGUAGAAGAAUUCAGUACUAGAAAAAGCUCUUUUCAAUUCAGACUUCAUCAGAUGGCUUUCUGAAAGACAAUCUUUAGUGUUAAUUGUUGCACAAUUUUGUAAAAGGCAAAAAUGAUGAUCAGCAGAGUCCUUGUCGCCUCUAUUGUGGUGCUCCUGGCCUUCCUGGCCGUCAGUGAAGCGAUGAGUCUGAGAAGCCCGGGAGUGGAGCUGCACUGCCGCUGCAUCCAGAAAGAGAGCCAACCCAUCGGCCGCCACAUCGAGAAGGUGGAAUUGAUUAUUGCCAACUCCCAUUGCGACGAGACUGAGAUCAUUGCCACUCUGAAAAAGACAGGCAAAGAGGUUUGCCUGGACCCUGAAGCUCCCUGGGUGAAGAGAGUGAUUGAUAAGAUCCUGUCCAACAGAAGACGCUGAACAGACCAGGAGAGAUGUGCUUCAUGAGUCUGAGCCUUUUGAAAACAAAUGAAAAGUACCAGAAAGUAUUUGUUCUCAUCCCACUCAUCUCAUUUUAAUACCAGAAGAUUGCCUAAUGUCCUGAUUUUCAAAAAUGAUAAUUUACCCAUUAAGGUUAUGUUUGUAUCCGACGUGUUAUUUAUUAACAAGUAUGUGUUUAUUUGUAAUGUUACUUGUGUGUGUUGUAGCCAAUUACUCUCUGACGUCACUUGGCUGCUCUAUUGCUAUCUUGUCUAAUAUUUAGACAAGUUAACAAGAUGUAUUUAUGGAAUGUAAAUGUGUGUGACAACCUAUUUCUGAAUUAAAAAAGUUUACUUGAAAUUGAA